AUGGUCGGAAUUGGUCCCAAGAAGCCUCAAUCCCGCAAGGGAUCCUCCGUUGCGGAAUUGCCGCAGAACCUCCAGCACCAGAUCCAGGAGUUUGAGGAGACCUUCACCGUCAGCACCGAGACCCUGAAGAAGGUGGUCGACCACUUCGAAAAGGAGCUCGAGAAGGGUCUCAGCGUCGAGGGUGGGAACAUCCCCAUGAACGUCACCUGGGUUAUGGGCUUCCCCAACGGCCACGAGCAGGGAACCUUCCUCGCCCUCGACAUGGGCGGUACCAACCUUCGUGUCUGUGAGAUCACUUUGACCGCGGAACAGGGUGCCUUCGACAUCACCCAGUCCAAGUACCGCUUGCCCGACGAGCUCCGCACGGGCACUUCGGAGGAACUCUGGGAGUACAUCGCCGACUGCCUGCAGCAGUUCCUCGAAUCCCACCACGAGGGCGAGAACCUGUCCAAGCUGCCCUUGGGUUUCACAUUUUCCUACCCUGCUACCCAGGACUACGUCGACCACGGUGUUUUGCAGCGCUGGACCAAGGGUUUCGACAUUGAUGGUGUUGAGGGUCACGAUGUUGUUCCUAUGCUGGAGAAUGCUUUGAAGAAGAGGGGCCUUCCCAUCAAGGUCGCCGCGUUGAUUAACGACACCACUGGAACCCUCAUCGCCUCCGCAUACACGGACACAGACAUGCGCAUUGGCUGCAUUUUCGGCACUGGUGUCAACGCUGCCUACAUGGACAACGUCGGCUCCAUCCCCAAGAUUGCCCAUCUCAACCUUCCCCCCGAGAUGCCCGUCGCCAUCAACUGCGAAUACGGCGCCUUCGACAACGAACACAUCGUCCUCCCCCUCUCCAAGUACGACCACAUCAUCGACCAGGAAUCCCCCCGCCCCGGCCAACAAGCCUUCGAAAAGAUGACCGCCGGUCUUUACCUCGGUGAAAUCUUCCGUCUCGCCCUUCUCGACGUCGUCGACAACAAGCCCGGCCUUAUCUUCCGCGACCAGGACGUCUCCGCCCUGCGCAAGCCCUACCUCCUCGACUCGUCCUUCCCGGCCGCCAUCGAAGAAGACCCUUACGAGAACCUCGAGGAAACCGAGGAACUCGUUGAGCGCAAGCUUGGCAUCAAGGCCACCAUCGCCGAACUCGAGAUGAUGCGCCGUCUGGCCGAGCUCAUCGGCACUCGUGCCGCCCGUCUCUCAGCCUGCGGUGUCGCUGCUAUCUGCAAGAAGAAGAACAUCGACUCGUGCCACGUCGGUGCUGACGGGUCCGUCUUCACCAAGUACCCCCACUUCAAGGCGCGGGGUGCCCAGGCUCUGCGCGAGAUUCUCGACUGGCCUGCCGAGACUAAGGACAAGGUCACCAUCCAGGCUGCAGAGGAUGGAUCUGGUGUUGGUGCGGCGCUCAUUGCUGCGCUGACGCUCAAGCGGGCCAAGGAGGGUAACUUGGCUGGUAUUCGGGACAUGGACGAUAUGAAGCAGCUUAUUUCGUGA